AUGAGGCUGCUAUCCACUGAUAUGACUACCGAAGAGUUAAGAGAAUUGGAACUGUUUUCUCAAUGGAUUUUGGAUGUGGGAGAUGGAUUAGCUGGUGAACCUAACGAUGGUGAUGCACUAAUCACUAUUCCAGAUGAGUUUCUUAUUAAAGAUUCAGAUGAUCCAAUAGCAUCAAUAAGCAAAGAAAUAUAUGGAGAUGCAACAACUCUACAACAGAACAAAGACCCCAAAUUUUUUCAAGAAAGAGCUAUUUUAUGCCCUACAAAUGAGGAUGUGAACCAGAUCAACCAGCAUAUGUUAGACGAACUUGAAGAAAUUGUUGUCUGUAUUGCAGGAGAUGAAAGAAUUUAUUUAAGCUCGGACAGCAUUGAUCCAUCUGAUACAGGAUCUUUUAAUGAUCAGGCUCUCACUCCAGAAUUUCUCAACACUAUCAAAGCAUCAGGUUUACCAAAUCAUAAUCUCCGGUUGAAGAUUGGAUGCCCUGUGAUGUUGUUGAGAAAUAUUGAUCAUGAUGGAGGACUGAUGAAUGGGACAAGGUUGCAGAUUAUAGAUAUGUAUGAAUUUUGUGUGAAGGCCAGAGUUAUUACAGGAACUCAAGUUGGGAAAAUUAUACUGCUUCCUAGAUUGUCUAUUACACCUUCAGACAAGAAGUUGCCAUUCAAGAUGAGAAGAAGGCAACUGCCAAUUGCUGUGGCCUUUGCUAUUACCAUUAAUAAAAGUCAAGGACAGUCUCUCUCAGAAGUUGGAAUAUUUCUACCUAGACCAGUUUUUUCUCACGGGCAACUCUAUGUUGCUAUAUCGAGAGUCACAUCCAAAAACGGUUUGAAAAUCUUGAUUGUUGACGAGGAUGGAAAGCCUCAGAAACAAACCAAAAAUAUUGUUUUUAAAGAGAUUUUCCAAAAUCUCUAAUUUUAGAAGUUUAAAGACUAUAUAUUGAUGUUUUUUAUGAAGAGACUUGCUUUUAUUUCACAACUUUACGUGUUUGAUUGCGCUACAAAAUAAAGAUUACUGGAACUUUAGGAAAAGUUUUGAGCAUAGAAUUACAAUUUACGUUUUACAGAGUGACCAUCUAUGGUUGUUUAUUCUUCUAUCAAAUGCCGCAUAGAAACUAUAUAAUUCUAUUAUAAUGUCUAUGUCAAUAUCGAGCAAUAGCAUCAUAGAGUACUAAUACUUAUCAUAUCUAACAUCUAAGCGUCAGAGGUGUUACUUACUUUGUGUUUUAUCCUCUGUGAACGAUCUGAGUCCAAUGUCCAUCACUACAUACUUUGUGUCAUAUCAUCCCAGCAAAGAAGUUGUAUUUGUAGCAUAUUGCGAGAUAAUUCCUGUAUAUAGCAAAGAGGAACAUCUAAGUUGAAGUACUUAUCUAUAAGUCUUUUACAUACUGUUUACUAACAUCGAGUGUUUAAGAUACUUGAACAAAACAAUAACUUAUCUUCAUCAUUAAAAAAAGGUGCUCUGGAAACGCUUUCCACCCUACUGGAUUACUGAAUGUAGAGUAUUGUGUAAAAAAUACACGUAUCUUCAUCCUUUAGCACACCUUGCCAACUCCUGGCCAUUCAACCAACAAAUAACCUCAUUUCAGUAUCUUUUUUAAUUCUUUACCGAUUUGAAAAGCAACAGAGAUGCUUCUUUACCUGACAUGGAAAGGGAAUAGCAGUGUCUAUGGACGGUAGCUAGAAAUUCUCUCAAAUUAGAGUCUUUGUAAUAGUAAAGAUUUAUCUCCUUUGUAAUUGCAGUGUCGAUCUAUAACAAAAUAGUGAAAUAGUAUUGUUAAAAGUAUCAAGAACAAAUUGUAAGGAAAUACUUUGAAAUCUUGAUCAUCCUUUUACCUGUGAUAAAGUAUGAGUCAGAUGCUUUAUGAGACCAUAAACGAACUCAACCAUCUUUUAUCCGCAAAGCUGAUUCAAAGAACCCUAAUAACUUUGAUCUGCAAAACUGAUUCAAGAGGAAAUAGAUUUGGUAGUAUUAGUCUUUAUCUUAACAACCUUUUUUCCUACCAAAAAAUAUGGUUAGUCGUCGUAUGGGCAAAAAGAUAUUUGCUUGAAAGCCCACUUUAUAAAAUAUUUAUGUGACAGAGAUUUAAACUCCAAACUGUUGACAAAAAAAAUCCAAACUAAAUUAAUAUGCUUUAGAAUCGUAGUAAUUUUAAAAUAAACAUGCAAAAGACAGUGAUUACCGAUGUUCCUGGAUCUCCAAUCUACAAUUGUUGUCCUGUAAUCAAAAAUUGCCAGCUUCAAUCACAAAGGAGACACAUAAAAAAAAUCUGAUCAUAUUAGAAAUCUAUAAUCUGUCAAAAAAAACUUAUCGAUUGUCAAGCGGAGGCACGUUUGAAAGAUCUCUUUCUGGAAAGCUUUGAUCCUUUAUCUUCUCAAUCCAUCCUUAACCGUUUGACCUCCUUUAUACGAUCUGUAAGAUUGAUAAUUUUCUUCGGUGUUUCCAGAAUCGUCGAUUUGGACGAAGAGACCUUUUGUUUUUUUUUUAAAGACAGCACUUUCUGGUCUCUUCUUUCUCGGUAAAAGAAUUAUGCAGGACUGUUUUUUUUUUUAAUAAAAACAUGACUUUCUGGUCUCUUCUUUCUCGCUAAAGCUUUCGUUUUGUUUUUAAUCAAGACAUGACUUUCUCUUGGAUAUAUUCGGGCUUAGCCAAACUAUUUGUCUGAAGCCCACUUCAAGUUUACAAAUGAUAGAUAAUCAAUGGUCAAUAAAUCUAAAUUAUAUGAAUUAUAAGCCCAAUAUUAAUUAAUGAGAUGGACUUUUCGUUUUGAAUCCAUUUUAAAAAGUAUAUAGUAAAUUUAAUAUGAUAUCAAACCAUAUAAAUAUAUACUUAUUUGGCUGAGUAUGAUUAGUAUUUUUGUUAUAAUUAUUUUCAUUUACUGAUUGUUCCAAAUGAAAAACACAUGUAUAAAAUUGAUUCACCAAAAUUAAAUUUUUAAGGAGUGCAGUAAUAAACAAACUAAAAUAAUCAACAUAAAAUAUAAAUAUUUUCAUCCAACCAUAAACAUUUAUAUUCAUUUUUUCUAUAACAUUAAAAAUUAGAAUAAAUUAAAACUUUACCAAGAACCAACACAGCAUACAUAAUAUCCAAAAGUAAUUAAUCAGUUAAAAGCAUAUAAGCUCCAAAACAUAUAUAAUCGGUCAAAUUUUAUAUAUCUUUAAACUUAAACACAAAAACACAACUGAAUUAUAACAACUAAUCCGCGCUUUCCAAAGCGCGGGUCAAAAUCUAGUCAAUACUAUUAAAACAGAACACCCUUUUUUGAGGUGCCAUUCUGUUUCAACAAUAUUUACAGAUAUCUGCCACUAGAAUAUUUUUAAGCUAUGUUUUUAAUUAAAUUAUGUAUUUUUUGAAAUUUUUUUAUUCCAACAAACGAGAUAUUGCCGUUGUCCCUAUCCACUAUAUCUACGUUUUUUUAUCUUUCUUCCUGCAGAAAUCAGUACAUUAUUAUUUUUGAUUUUUGAUGAUACUCAAACUUUCAGGAUUUAACCCAGUAGCAGAAACCCAGUUCUACUCUCUUUUUUUUUUGAAAAAAACCCAGUUCUACUCUUGAAAUCUCGAUAUGAGAUUCAUGGUGACUUACAACCGCUAUCUUUCUCAUAAUCGGCCACUAAAUCAAAAUCAUCAAUUUUUUUUUUUUACUUUUUUGGUUUCUAUAGGUUAAAAUCCGGUACUAUGGAUUCUACACCAAAAAACAAUGGCGGCUGUAAAACUCUUUUCUGCGUAACUUAAUUUGACUGGAGAAGAAGAUAAAGAAAUUAGGUUUAUACCAUUAACGGAAAAAACAAAAAACAACAAAUUAAAAACGGGCUGGGAAUAGAUUGAACCAAUGGUAUGGGACCAGGAGAGUGCGUUGUUUCCACUAAACCACCGAACGUUUUUGUAUUUUGUCAUAUAUGAUGUUUUUAUUUUCUUAUAUGACUGUUUGAUCUUAAGUAUAUGCUUAAUUAAAUAGCAUAGGUUAAAAGAAUUAACACGGUCCAAUUAAUCAUGCUAUGAAUAAUUAAUUAAGUAUGUUUAAAGCUGAAGGUAAACGUUUGGGUUCGAAUCAGAGUAUUCGGAUAUUGGUAUUUUAAUAGAGAUUUAUACCCGAUUUGAAUAUUUAUAAAUUUUAGUUAAAAUUCGGUUCAGAUCAUUACGGGUUAAGUUCUCAUUUGAAUUAUAUAAAAAUUAAAAAUCCAAAUAUAAUAUUUAAUAUUUAAAAUCCAAAACUAAAAAUAAUAUACAAUACAUAAAUUUAAAUAAUGUAAAACUAAAUACCUAACACUAACAUGAAAAUUGGGUAUUUGGAUAUUUGGCUGGAAACAAGUAGGUAUUUUGGUUAUUUUUAGUGUUUUAUUCCUGACAUCUAACCUUUUAUAAGUUGUUAGCCAAAUUUACAUGCUUUCUAAUACAUAUUUCUGCGUGUAUUCUGAAUAUAUGAUCAAGGAUAGCUUGCUGUCUAUGAGUUAAGUUUUUUGAGAGCAUUCACACUUCUAGAAGCCAAAUAAUGAAGUAUAUAAAUAGCCUUUCAAACACAACAAAUAUAACCAUUCUAAACCUCCAAACUGUCUACCGUGAUCUAUACUUAUGGGUUCCAUAAUCAAAACCAGCAAUCUAAGUGAUGUUAAGCCUUUCAAAUCUGCAUAGAGAGUUCAUGUGAAAGUGCUUCAUACGUGGAAGUCAUGCAAUCCCCAAUUUGGUUCUUCUCUUCAGAUGGUUCUAAUAGACGAAAAUGUAAGCCCUAUGAUUAUGGAACUAUCGUCUAUUAUAUAUUUAUAAUAUAUGCACCUCAGCCUUUUUUUUUACAUGUUUUAGGGUGUGAAAAUCCAUGCCAGUUGCAAAUAAUCAUUGUUGCAACACCUCGAGACACUGUCGAGAUGGUGAAUGGAAAGUUAUUACUAAUUCAGUUCUAAUAUUAGGUGAUUGAAUAGUCCUUACUUAACUUAUUUUUUAAAGUAUCAUGUAGCAUGGCAUCUAUGUUAUUCCUCUUUUAUAGAUCUUGAUUCUUGAAUUAUUUGCAGUACAUCCAAACUGUAAAAUAAAACACAACAUAAGAAUCCUGUUAUGGCUAAACACGUUAGGUUUGUAAAUAAUUUCAAACAGUUAUAUAAAUAAUUUUAUCAGAAGUCAUAGAUUUGUAUACAAAUAUACUCUUUUUCUCGCCAAAUGUAUUUUCAAAUCUUUUAUUAAUUGCAAUUAUAUAUAUAUAUAUAUAUAUAUAAAAAUCCGCAAAUAAAACCACGUUGAAGAGCAUCUAUACACAACAAUAUGGAAUAUACUUGGAUAUUAAAGAAACUUAUUUAAAAAAUAAGUAAUAUCUUCUGAAAUAGAUAUUUACAUAACAAUAUGGAAUACAACCAAUCAUUUAAAUUCAUCGUAUCUUCAACAUAUCAAUAAGAAACCAAUCAAAACAGGAAACCGCGAAUUUUGUUAACUAAAAAUAAAAACGGGCUAAUAAAUUUGAUACGGAUAAAUAUGACUAUAUUUAAAUUAUAAAUAUAUACCUUUUUAAACAAUUAUACAUUUUGUUUUAAUAAAAAAAUUAUAUAUUUUAAAAGUAAGACAUUAAUAUUUAAAAACAAUUAUAUAUUUUAAAAAUAAGACAAGUAAUAUUAACUUCAUUAAUCCUUGCAAGAGAAAAAAAACUUUAAAAUUGGUAUCUGAAACAAUUUACUCUAGGACAAAGGCAAACCUUUGGAGAUUUGCUCAUUUCAAUACCAAAUCGAUAGAGCUCACUAAUGUCUGACUGUUAAUUUUUCAGAUCGGAAUCUAUUUCAUCCUAUUUCAUUCCAUUUAAGCCAUCCUAGAGGACAUGCAAAAUAAAUCAAAAAAAAAACUUGGGGCUUUGAGUUCAACUGAGUAUCAACAAUGAAGGAAUUACAGGAACGGAUUUACCUUGGAGAUGCCUCUUGAGUUGAAUCGUGGAAGAGCCGAUUGGUUUCUUUAAUCUCCAUAUGAAGGUUAUUUUUUAUUUUUUAUUUUCUAUUAACCGAUGAAUUUGUCUGAAAAUGACAAAGGAAGAAAGCAAUUAGUCUUCCGAUCGAUGAAGAUCAAAACAGUGAUAUCGGUUUGGGCCAAUUUCGUUUUUGGACUGUUCUAAAGCGGUUGGAUCCUUAAUAACACCUCAUCUUGGUUUAUAUUGAUAAAAAUAUUGACAAAUAUUUUUCUGGCCUAUUGUUUAGUCCAUUCUUAAUAAAUUAAUUCAUAUAGUAUAAUUUUUUUUAAAAAAAAUCUAAACAUUUUAAAUUAAUGCUAUAUACAUAUUAUAAACAAAAUAUGAGCAAUUUUAAGGUUAAGAUAAAAAUAUGUUGUCCUAUAACGUUAUAAAAAAAAUCUAUAAUCUCACUUUUAUUCCUAAGUUAUACUUAAAAACAUAAAUAUGAUAUAUGUACUAUAUAUUUUUUGCAUAUUUAAAAUUUUGAAAGUGCAUAUAGAUGAUUAUCUAUCUUGGUGUUUUAGUUAAAAAUAAAAUAAUUUAUAUAUAUAUAUAUAUAUAUAUAUAUAUAUAUAUAUAUAUAUAUACUAUUAAACUAAUGAGAAUUGAUGUCACUUACUCAAAACAUAAAGUAAAAUCUCAAAUAUGUAACUAUGAAAUAGUAUUACGCAUCAUAAUAUGUUUUUACUAUAUACAACCGAAGUAUACAUUGUUUGAUAUAUAAAUUUAACAUCAAACAAAUUCCGCGCUUUUAAAGCGCGGGUCAAUAUCUAGUCAAUACUAUUAAAACAAAAGGCCCUUUUUUGAGGUACCCUCCUGUUUCAACAGUAUUUACAGAGUCAUGCCACUGAAAUAUUUUAAAGCUAUGAUUUUUAUUAAAUUCUGUUUUCCCUUUUAUUCCAACAAAAUAUGUAUUUGCCCUAUUAUCUCUCCCUUUCAUCGAUAAAAAGGUUUUCCUCUCCAACAAUAUUACCUUAUUUCUCUAUCCUUUUCAAUCAAAUCACUAAAGCAUAUCUUAACCAUCAUAGAUCGAGUUUGGUGUGGUGUUUUGGCUCGCUCGAUCUCCCUUUGCUCUUCUUUUACGACCAUGGUGAGGUGAGGUGAGGUGAAUUGGUUGAGAUGAAGUUUAGACAUCUUUCAGAGGCGGGUUUGAUCUUAUUUUUCUUAUUCUCAUGUGAGGAUUCUGUUGAGGACAGCGAGAAGUCGAGGAGAAGGCUAAAUCAGAGUUUUGCGAAGUUGGGUAGUUUCUUGCUCCGUCGUGGUUGUGGUUUUCGAUCGGUGGAUUCCACAACCCCAACGCUUUCGUAAGCUAUCGCCGCCGGAGUGACCGAUUGAGAACGAGCUGAGAAUGAAUCACAACGCUGGCUGGAGGGAGGUAGCUUGAAAGAUUGCGGUUAUGGGUGUUAGGAGACGGCUGACGAAUCCGCUUAACUGAGGUUUAUUACUUUGCUUCUGGUUUGUACGUUUUUGUUUUAUUUGAUUGGAACCGUAUAAAUCAUUAACUAAUUCUGGUCUAAUUGAAAUCGAUAUAUAUCAGUUUACAACGUGAACGUUAUAUGUUGAAUGGUUGAAUGAUUAGACAUUCCAUCGUGAUGGUUGAAUGAUUAGACAUUCCAUUGUUGAAGACCAUGUUGAACUUAUGGUGAUGGUUGAAUUGAUGCAUGUUAUAUUUAUUUCAUUGAUUAAAUUUUUGCAUAAUAUAUGACGGUAUAUGUUAGUACAUUACGUACAGGUUAGCUAUACUUUAGUUUUGCGUAUUUGUAUCAUAACAAUUUAUUAAAUUUAGUUUGCAUAGCAUAGAACAUAUUUUGAAUACAGUUAAUACGAACCACAGAGUGAGAUAUCACUUUGAAAAUCAAGAAUCAUAACAAUAAAAUAAAAAACCAUUCAGUUUUCUAUACAAAAAAAAUCAAAACCAUUCAGUUUUUUAUAUUGUCGAUAACCACUAAAACUGGGUAAGUAAAAUGCCUCUUAAACCAUAUUUAAUGUUCUUGAAACAUUAAAUAUAUACCAACCCCAUCAAAAUAUGCAUCAUAUAUAUAUGUGUAAUUUUUUUAUAAUAUUUAUGUUAACACAUUUGUUCAUAAGUUAUUAUUUUAGAAUAUAUUCUUAAUAUAUCCACAAAAGAAAUAAUUUAGAAAUUAAAUAUGUGAUAGAAUUUUUCUCCACCAGUUUUAACAACAAUCCCAAUAAAUUGCCACACAUUUGAUUAUGUAAAUUUAUUUCCUUCAAAUUAUAAUUAUACAGAAAAUGUGAAUAGUAAAAGGAAACAAAAAAAAUAUUUUGCAAACAAAAAUAUUCGUUUGUAAAAUCUUAACUAUCAAUUGUUUUUGGGAUUUUCUAUGUUCAAAUAUAUGUUAACAAAUCUUAAAUUUAUGAGAUAUGAUUAUGAAAAUGCAUUAACCUUAUCAAAUAUGAUUUAUAUCAAAAAAAUCCGAGACACUAACUUUCAGAAGUUUUUAUUAUUAGACCUUUUAGGCAUUUUGAAAUAUUUCGAAAGAUUUUAUGGCCCAGAUUGAAUCCAUAAAUUUUGUAACAAUCUAAAAUAAAUGGUUUUUCUAUUCCGAUCUGAUUCCCUAGACCACUUCAAGUUUGAGUAAUAUAUCAACCGUUUGACGUCAAAAAAUACAAAUGGGUUAAGAAGAAAACAAAAUUACUAAAUAACAUUUCACUGCCCCCAUUACUCAUAAGAUAAUCAUUUGAUCAAAGCGCAAAUUAUAAAAAUACAUUAUAACCAAUUUUUUGACUUUUUUUUCUUCUGAAAAGUGGGUAUUAAUAGCAUCUGAUAAUAGCACAUUAUAAGCAAUUUAAUCUCCUUAAAUUAAAAAAGUUAUUAGUUAAUAUAAGAUAUAUAAUGAUAUUAGUAUUUAUUAGUUAAUGAAUAAUAAUGAUAUAUGAACAUAUAUUUUUAAUGAAAAAUAAGACUAAUAUAUUAUAAAUUUAAUAGUUUCUUAAAGUUAUAAGCUUUAAUUUAUAGAAGUAAAAAUUAUUAAUAACAUUUUUAAAUUAGAUUUCUAUGAACAAAAAUAUCUCAUUUUCGAAAACUUCAUCUCCAAAAUUCAUGUUAUUUAAAAACAUACAAAAUUAAUAUGAUCAAACAUGUCAUUAUGUUACAAAUAUUUUAAAACACAUAAAACAUGCAUGCAGAUUUGCAUUUUAUAAUCGAAUCACGUCACCACCAUAGCAAGACAAGUAGAAUCUCUUGGAUUAAAUUUUUGAAAGUUAUCACCACUACAUACAAAUCUGCAUGCAUAUUUUAUAAUUAUUCUAUCAAAUAAGAAACAAAAUAUUAAUCAAAUACAAAUAGGCUAAACAAACAUAUCAAAUCAAAUUUAUAAUAAAUUUAUUAUAAAAUAGAGCAGUGCAAAAAAGGUGAAAAUAUAUCAUCAUAUUCAGUUUUAUAAUAUUAAAAAUAUAAAUUAAUUUAAUAGUAUCAAAUAUAUAUAUAUAUAUAUAUAUAUUUAAAAAGAAUAUUAUAACAGUUUCAGUCAUACGGGCUAAGACCUAGAAAUAUAAAUACAGUUUGGCAGUUAUAUUUAAAAUUAUUUUCCACAAACAUAAACGAUAUACAUCACAAAAUAAAAUUGCAUAUUUAUUCAUAAAUU